AACAACUCGCGGCAGGGAUUGUCCAGCCUCGAGCAUUCAGCCCUCUCCGCGACAACAUUCGAUGGGACCAGGGCCCCUUGACUCGGCCUCCCGAUCCCAACAGGGCCGGCGUUAUCCAAUUUACACCUAGGGAUUCUGCUCAGACAUCCCGCGAGGGGUUGGGUGUUUGGAGGAGAGGCAACCAAGCGUACAAGUUGUUCGGAACUACCAACCAGUUCACUCGCAUUACCAAUGACAUUAACACAGCGAGAACUAAUGGCCUGCCUUACGCUAAUGCCAGUACCAGCCAAGGCCUGGUCUACACCUAUGAGAACCCGCCCAACUUCAGGACAUUGCAAGGUUUCGCUGUCAUUGCCACGUGGUAUGAUGCGCCUUGGAGGUUCUUCUCCGGGCAGGGGAACUGGCAGCCCGCCUUUCGGGACAUUGUCAGGGUGGCUACGCACAACUCUCUCCUUGGUAUGCAGAGAGCAUUGCGACUUGCUGUACAACUGAGGGUUUCCGAUCCGCAAGGAUUCAUUGAUCCAACCACUCAGUCUACCAAUUCCAUCCAGUUCAUCGACAUCCAUUACGGGUCUGCUGUUGUCGCCCAGGCUAUGUUGGAAAUUGUGAAUCAGCAAUUGAGUGGCUAGAUGGGAAAACCCUCGCAUACUCAUCGGUAGUGAAAUUGUCUGAUUUGCCCUCAGACGGAGUUGUACCCAAAUCCUCCCACACAUAAAUUCAGUCAUAGCAGUGAUCCGUCCAUGUACUAUAAAGUUCAAAUUUUUGAGUCUUGUCCUAUAUCCUCCAAGUUCUUCGGGGAGAAGCACAAACAAAUUCAGGCUUCCAUGAUUAAAGUGGAGCUUCAAAAGAAGUGAAAAGAUCGAGAACAA